CGCCACGUCUCCUAGGCAGAGCGAAGCGGACCGGAGAGGCGGCGGCUGCGGUGGUGCGGCGGCUCGCUGGGGCUGUGGCCAUGGCCUUCACCCUGUACUCGUUGCUGCAGGCGGCCCUCCUCUGCGUCAACGCCAUCGCCGUGCUGCACGAGGAGCGCUUCCUAAAGAACAUUGGCUGGGGAACAGACCAGGGAAUUGGAGGAUUUGGAGAGGAGCCAGGAAUUAAAUCACAGCUAAUGAACCUCAUUCGAUCUGUACGAACAGUUAUGAGAGUGCCACUGAUAAUAGUAAACUCAAUUGCUAUUGUGUUACUCUUACUGUUUGGGUGAACUUCUAAAAUAGAAAAAAAACUGGAGAAUCAGAAGUGGAGAAACCAGCAAGAGCCAUCACUUCAGUCGUUAUUGGGAUGUGUAGCUUAGCUGGCCAAGCUUGCACUUGAAGUAAACUACAAAGCUGACAAUAAAACAACAGUUCCUAUUUAUCUGA